CUUGAACUUGCGACCAACUGCUGCCCUCAGCUCAGAGUGCCGGGCGAGCGCAGAGCAAGUGCAGUCUGAACCCGGGCGCACGCUAGGGCGGCAGUUCUCACACUGGGCAUGAACCUGGAGGGCGGAGGUCGAGGUGGAGAGUUCGGCAUGAGCGCGGUGAGCUGCGGCAACGGGAAACUCCGCCAGUGGCUGAUCGACCAAAUCGACAGCGGCAAGUACCCGGGGCUAGUGUGGGAAAACGAGGAGAAGAGCAUCUUCCGUAUCCCAUGGAAGCACGCGGGCAAACAGGACUACAACCGCGAGGAGGACGCCGCUCUCUUCAAGGCUUGGGCUCUAUUUAAAGGAAAAUUCCGAGAAGGCAUCGAUAAGCCAGACCCCCCUACCUGGAAGACACGUUUACGAUGUGCUUUGAACAAGAGCAAUGACUUUGAGGAGCUGGUUGAGAGAAGCCAGCUGGAUAUUUCUGACCCCUACAAGGUGUACAGGAUUGUUCCCGAGGGAGCCAAAAAAGGAGCAAAGCAGCUUACUCUGGAAGAUCCGCAGAUGACCAUGGGCCACCCAUACACCAUGCCGGCACCUUACACCUCACUACCAGCCCAGGUUCAUAACUACAUGAUACCACCCCAUGACAGAAGCUGGAGGGAUUAUGUCCCCGAUCAGCCACACCCAGAAAUCCCAUAUCAAUGCCCUGUGACGUUUGGCACCCGCAGCCACCACUGGCAAGGCCCAGCUUGUGAAAAUGGUUGCCAGGUGACAGGAACCUUUUAUGCUUGUGCCCCACCUGAGUCCCAGGCUCCUGGAAUCCCCAUAGAGCCAAGCAUAAGGUCUGCUGAAGCCCUGGCGCUCUCAGACUGCCGGCUGCACAUCUGCCUUUACUACCGAGAAAUCCUGGUGAAGGAGCUGACCACAUCCAGCCCUGAAGGCUGCCGAAUCUCCCAUGGACACACCUAUGAUGCCAGCAACCUGGACCAAGUCCUUUUCCCCUACCCAGAAGACAAUGGGCAGAGGAAGAACAUUGAGAAGCUGCUGAGCCACCUGGAGAGGGGUGUGGUCCUCUGGAUGGCCCCGGAUGGGCUUUAUGCCAAAAGACUAUGCCAGAGCAGGAUCUACUGGGAUGGGCCCCUGGCUCUGUGCAGUGACCGGCCCAACAAACUGGAGAGAGAUCAGACCUGCAAGCUAUUUGACACACAGCAGUUUUUAUCAGAGCUGCAGGCUUUCGCUCACCACGGCCGGCCACUGCCAAGAUUCCAGGUGACUUUGUGCUUUGGGGAGGAGUUUCCAGACCCGCAGAGGCAGAGGAAGCUCAUCACAGCCCACGUGGAACCUCUGCUAGCCAGACAACUAUAUUAUUUUGCUCAACAAAACAGUGGACAUUUCCUGAGGGGCUACGAUUUACCAGAACACCUUAGCAAUCCAGAGGAUUACCACAGAUCUAUCCGCCAUUCCUCCAUUCAAGAGUGAACAACUGUCAAGACAAAUUAUUAUGUUUCAUUGUAAAUAUUUGGCUUUUAUGACAACAGUCAGUUGACAUCCCUCAUUUUCUUUGGAGGAAUUCAGAAG